AUGAGUGAAAAAUCCUACAUUGUACAAUUGAAAGACACUACCGAUGUGAACAAGGUAAAAUCUGAUUUGGAAGCAUCUGGCGUUAAAAUCGGUCAUGUCUAUGAUACCGUUUUUAAGGGAUUCAGUGUUACUCUCCCCGAGAACUCUGUAAGCACUCUGGAUGCUCAUCCUGAAGUUCAACAUUAUGAAGCCGACAAGGAAAUGCAUACCACAAAGAAGGAUUAA